CACAGUCAUUCACCACAAUGGACCAAACCACCACCACCACCCCUCUCCUCCCAAACCCAUGGCACCACCGCCUCCGCCUGAAGACCAAACUCUCCUUGGAGCUCUCCGGGGCCGUGGGGGACCUGGGCACCUUCAUCCCGAUCGUGCUCACCCUCACCCUCGUCUCCAACCUUGACCUUGGCACCACCCUCAUCUUCACCGCCCUCUACAACGUCGCCACCGGCCUCCUCUUCGACAUCCCCAUGCCUGUCCAGCCCAUGAAGUCCAUCGCCGCAGUCGCCGUCGCUGAGUCCACCCACCUCUCCGUCCCCCAGAUCGCCGCCGCAGGCCUCUCCACCGCCGCCGUUCUUCUCCUCCUCGGCUUCACCGGCCUCAUGUCCUUCCUCUACCGCUUUCUCCCCCUCCCCGUCGUCCGCGGCGUCCAGCUCUCACAGGGCCUUUCCUUCGCCUUCUCCGCUAUCAAGUACAUCCGCUACGACCAAGACUUGGCCACUUCCAAGUCCGGAGCCCCUCGCUCCUGGCUUGGCCUUGACGGCCUCCUUGUCGCUCUCGUUGCUCUCCUGUUUCUCGUGAUAACCACCGGUGCCGGUGACACAAAACACGAACACCACGAUUCUCAUGAACGCGAGUCCUCUCGGCGUCGUCGUGUGUCUAGGCGGUUACAGCUUCUCUCUGCUAUUCCCUCAGCGCUCAUCGUGUUCCUGAUCGGGUUGGUUUUAUGCAUUCUUCGCGACCCUUCAGCUUUCAAGGGUCUUGAGUUUGGUCCGUCUAAGCUAAGUUUGGUAAGGAUUACUUGGGAAGAUUGGAAGAUCGGGUUUCUUCGCGCAGCGAUUCCACAAAUCCCGUUGUCUAUAUUGAAUUCCGUGAUCGCGGUCUGUAAGUUGUCCGGGGACUUGUUCCCCGACCGUGAGGCCUCGGCAAUGAAGGUUUCGGUCAGUGUUGGGAUUAUGAACUUUGUCGGGUGCUGGUUUGGGGCAAUGCCGGUCUGCCAUGGCGCCGGCGGGCUUGCCGGGCAGUACAGAUUUGGGGGCAGGAGCGGCAUGUCUGUGAUUUUUCUGGGGAUAGGGAAGUUGGUUCUUGGACUGGUUUUUGGGAAUUCCUUUGCGAGGAUUUUGGGUCAGUAUCCGAUUGGGAUUCUUGGGGUACUCUUGCUUUUUGCUGGGAUUGAAUUGGCAAUGGCUUGCAGGGAUAUGAACACAAAGGAAGAGUCUUUCGUGAUGUUGCUCUGUGCGGCGAUUUCUUUGACAGGGUCUAGCGCUGCUUUAGGCUUUGGCUGCGGGAUUUUGCUCUUCUUCCUGCUGAAAUUGCGGCAAAUGGAGUGUUCUGCUUUUGGGUUUCUCAAGUCUGAUUCUAAAUCAUCGAUCGAUGAUGAAACUACAACCAUAAUUCCCUAGGAUUUGUGUUUGUUUAGGCUGGACGUAUAAGACGAUGCAUAAAAAUAGCAGCUUUUUUUAAGUGUGGGAUUUGAUUUUCUCCUUCAAGGACAAAACAUUAUUGGAGCUAUUUUGAUUAAUACAUAAUGAAAAUUAGUGUAUGUGGAAGCUUCUUAUUUUUCA